CCAAGAAAAACAAACUCACGCGGUUGAUGCCGCACAAGGAGCGGGUUAGUCUUUCUGUUAUCUAAUAACCAGCGCAAUCACCCCUUUCCGUAGGAUAUCCUGAUGUGCGAGCCGUUGCGAUGCUACGGUAUGGCUGGACACGCACCCUAGGCUUUUGUAAAAACAUAACCGGCGCGCUCUUGCCCGUUACCGCCUCGUCUUUCUUGUGCACUCGCGCUACGACCAACAAUCGUGAGCCCCAACUAACGGAUUCGUACAUCGCGCUCCUGAAAUCGGCAAACGAUGCGAGGGAAGUGUUGGAAUUCCUGCCCACCAUUACCCGCUCCAAACAGGAUCGCCAUGCGUACACGUUGCCGGCUCUGAAAACCCUAUUUGAAAUGCUCAAAAAUGGUAAAAGUACGCUACGGCCAGCACAAAUCAUACAGCAUCCGCGCUUCGCGGAUCUGUGUCAAGCGGUGCGGCAAGAAUCGCGCUCCUUCCAGAUGAACGACAUCACGGAGUGUCUCAAAAUUCUGACGUACUUCGGGGUGCAUACUAACAGCGAAAUCAUGACCGUGCUGCUGCAGCUCAUCCGCCACCAGAUCAACGAUGUGACGCUUGACCACAUCGUGUUUCUCAGCUUCAUUCUGAAGAAACACGACCGAACGCCGCUGGUGGAAGCGCUUCAAAUUGCGCUCCCUAUGCUGCUGCAGGUGCAGAUCGGUUAUAAGUUGGACCACGAAAACGUCGAGCAAUUGGUGUCGCUGCUGGAGUUCGUUUCGCUCCAUCGCGUAAACGAUCGUACGGUGAUGAACAUCGUAAGUGCGCUUACCCUGCACGGCACAAAACUUUCACCCGAACAGGCCAUCGUUACGCUGAAAGCAUUGGCCACCUUUCCCACCUUUCUGCCACAGUACGAGAAGCUGCUGCAAAAUGUAUUCACGGUGCUUGGGCGCGAUCUUGGCCGACUAUCCUUCAAAAUGAUCGACUACGUAUUGAAAAAAGUAAUGGACAAAAAUUUGGACCAAUUGCCCAUGUUCUACCAUGAACAGUUCCUGACUCAGUGCGCUCAGUACGUGAUCGAUAACGAUGUGGGUUUGCUGAAGGCGCUCUAUAUUCUGAAAAAGUUAAACAAGAUCUCUUUCCUCCACGUACCGCUACUGGAUUACGUAGCACGGCACGAAGGGAACGUGUCGCUUGUACCGCAAUCCGGUAUAAUAACGAUCGUGGCCGGAUUCUCGAACGCUAACUAUGCACCUUCCAAUUGGGCUACACUCCGGCAAGAGAUUGCACGGAACUCAACCAUUACCAAUUCGGCCAUGCCAUGGAUUCGCUACAACCUGGAGCUAUUGUCGUUGGAUAUCUUCAACGAGGAAUUGCUGGCCCACUGGCUAGAACCAAAGACACUCGAAACGAGCAUGUCACGUAACGUGGUGGUUGAUUAUUUGCAGUUGGCCGAACUAGCUCAAACCUUGCGUCUGCUGUACGGCAACAAGUACCAUGGACAUUAUCCGCCGCAACAUUUCAUCGAUAAAUCAUUGACGCUGAUGCUGCAAAGUAACGAGCAGCCUUUACUCCAACCACUGGCUGUAGCGUUCGGUGGAGAAGAGUUUGUCAGCACACAUGUGGUUACCGAGCAUGGUCAUGUCCUUGAUUACGUGCUCACUUUCGAUGCGAAUGGAAACGCCAUACCAAGGCCAUCGAAACCAUUUGAUGGUAGCGAGCCUCAGCGAUUAGAGUAUUUAAAGCAAUCGGGUUGUAGAUGUGUUGCCGUUUUAUACUUACCAAGAAGUUGUUACGCCAUCAACGUGAACCGACUGCGAGGACGAUUUGUGAUGUACGUAAAGACGAUCGAAGCCGUUGGCAUACCAACGGUCACCAUUUCACCUCAGAUAUGGAAUAACCUGCCCGAAUCGGAGCGAAUACCUUUCCUGCAGCGUGAAGUACAGCAAAAACUGAAAUAAAUCCUUGCUAGCGCCGAACCGUAGAAUCAAAUUUAAUUUUGUUUGCAAUAAUUAUGGAUCAAACAAAAUAAAGUUCUGCUGUAGUCAAGUUU